AUGUCUCAACGGUACAAUAAAAAGGUAACGAACAUUUAAUAGUCCAUUAGCUGUCAAGAGACCGGCCUAAACUAACUGGAAUUUCUAAACUGAUAUCAAGCCCACAAGUUCGUACUUGUCAACAAGGAAACCUGGUAAUUUCAUAUUGAACUAAAAUAUUAACCUCGGGGUUUGAUAUUUUGGGGGUCGAUUGGUACACGGGUGCACAAGCGAUUUUAUGCUAUCAUAUAAGCUCCAUAUCACCCCCUACUAGAUUUGACACAGCUGUGAAAAAUGGGAUGAUUGACUGUUUAGAAUUCUAUAAAAUUCCUUUUCUAAAACUGUUUUGAAGAAGUAUUAUUCUGGAAUUUUAGUUAUUUUGGGUUAUCAAUUAAGUUAAUUAGUUUUUAAACUAUAUGAUUAAACUUAUUGACGUGUGUUUUCGGGGCCUAUACACAUAAUGUGCGAAUCAAAUUUUUUCGAUGCAUUGUUACUUUAAAAAGUAGCGGUGUAUUAAAAUAUCUUUACGUCUGUAAAUAGCUGCUGUGCUUCGGAUGAGUAAAAUUAUCGGUUGGAGAUCAAUAUUUCUCAUGAUAAAUUGUGAGUACAGAAGAAUGAAACGCCUUGGUCGUCAACACGUGUUCAAAGGAAGCUGAUCUAGGAAGACCGUCGACGCAUGCGCAAACCUACCGGGCAGAAAAAAUGUCGCUUCUGUAAAAGCAAUAUUUCUAACAGUUUCCCCUUGUUCCUUAAUCAACCAAACCCCAAAUUUUGUUCCGGAAACAAUGCUUACCGGCUACAGUUGUAAACUCGAACAAUUUUGACCCCAAAUCACUUUGCAAUGCCAUUCGUUGUUAAUCUUAUCCGCGAAAAAAAACAGGCCGAAAAAUUUGUGUUAACAUUGACAAUUUGUCACCAUUUUCUAAAUGAUUCUUUUAGGGUUAUAGUGGCCAGGAAUGUACGAAAAACGAAGCAGGAAUUUUUUAUAUUAUUAUCAAUAUUUCUAAUCGUUUCCUCAAGCAACACGCCCCAAUUAAUUUGUUCCGGAAUGAUAGUCUGCGAAGUAGGUAUAGAUUUGUUUCCAAAUAUAAUUUGUAUAUACAAGUUUUUAAUGAUAUGAACUACAAACUACAGUGUAUAUAUUAAUCGUGACUUGACAAAUUUUCUCCCUCAAUUAAUUUUUGUCACGGUCCUGAGUAAACAAGAGGAUCCCUUAAUGAGUGCUUCUAAAGUUUUCCUGCUUCUUAACUCCAACAACUUGACCUCGUGUUGCUCAAACCUCUUGGGCGCUGUUCAGAAACAGACGGGCUUCAUGAAAACGAAGUUUGUUAGUUCACGUUCACGCCUGUUGUAUUUCUGAAGUUCCGGUCUUCAAACAAGCUCUAGGUAAGCGAUCCUACAGAAACGUUUAUGAAAUUACGGUAAUUUUGUCAAGAGAGAAUAAUCUCCCUCUAGAUUGUGUCUUUAGGCAUUUUUAUUCUCACGAUGCUGCGGCUUCGGAAGUUAAGGGUCAUUUUAUUAGCCUCUCGCUGCUAGUAAUCUCCGAUGGGACGUGUUUAAGUACACUGAGUGCCAUAUCAGUUUCCUUGAGCGGGAAAUACAAUUAUUUAUAGAUUUCCUUAUAAACUUGGUUUGAAACCAUUAAAAUGGCAGUUCCUCUACAAAGAAUCGAAUUAGAAACACUGACCUCUGUCAACACUGAGGAUCACGGACAUCCCAGUCUUAGAAUAAGAGGAACUUGCGCGGAUAUCAGGGCUAGACUUUCAGUUGUCAAAGGGUAAACCCGGAAAGAGAAUUCUCAUCCACGAAAGAUACAAUCAUCGUUGCAGAAAUUGCGGAACAUUGUUGAAAAAGUGACAUUUCUAAAUGUUUCCCUUUCAGUCAGGGAAAACAAAUAUUUCCCCCGGAAGCAAACCUUGUUAACUAUCCACACUGAGUCGCUUUUUCGAUCUCGGCCUCCGCUCUCCGGGAUAUACAAUUGUUUCUUUGCGUCAAUUUUGAGUAUUUCUGCGCCUUCAGCCUAACUUGACGUGAAAUAAUGAAGUCAAGUAAUACGUGAUUACUAAAUAAUGAGUUUAAUGCUGAAUGAUCACGACCUCACAUUGAUUCACCAGUCAUUGCCGGAAUUCCAGAGGGGUCAGAUAGAAACUUUUAUUCCCCUCGACAUCAGUAUAACAAAUGCAAGCCGAAUGAUCGUCAAAACAACACGCAGUGCGUGUUUUAUAUUUAUCCCUUUAUCAAGAGUAUCAAGAGUAUUUCAAGUGCAGAGUUAUUUUAAGACCGACAUACGUAAAUAUUCGUAGUUUGGGAAUCGAAAGACGUCAAACUGAUCACUGUUGAAUAUUAAACAUGCAUCGCAGUAGACUCUCAGUCGAAAGUUGACUGUGUUAUCCCCGAUAGCUGACGUCAUUUACCAUACAAAUGUAGCUUGGAAGCUGAAAAGUUUCUGUGGACGCGACUUAGCCACAGGAUAACCAGGCGACAUUUAUUACUGCCCUGUGGUCAUUCGUUUAAUUUUGUCUCGUCUUAGGAGGAAGGGCGGGUUUUGAGUCUCCAGAACUUCCUUAAAGCCGGGUAUAAAAUUUCUGAAGUAAAACUGUGUUAUUCAAAUUCAAUCUACUAUUGUAUAUUUUUGUCUUUAUGAUAUUAUACCACUACAACUGAAAUGAAAUCUGAUAUUUUUUUCAGUUUUCAUCAAAAACAGUACUGUCUCAGUCGAGUUAAUUUCACGGUCAAUUUGCCAAAGCCUAAAUUUUCUCGUUCUUUUAUUAAAUUUUGCGGCAAUUUUUUUUGUCAAAUAUUAAGUUAGUUCAUCUAUAAAUUCUCAGGAAACCCAGACGGCAAUAUGAGUGCCGUAUCACUCUGCUUCAUGAUCAAUACUCAGAACCAACUCAUUGUUACUGAUCCAGAUGAACAAUUCGUUCAGAUCCAAAAACGACGUAUAGAACGAAUGAGCUCUUUAUUAAUAUUCUUAUUAUUCUUUAGUAAUUCAACGAGUAGCUUUUCUUAAUGUUGCAAUGAGUUCCUUAGUUAUUCCAGGUGACAGAUGAUACCAAACUCGACCGAAAAUGGCCGCAUCAUUCGUGAUAGAUCGGAGCGCAUCGUAUUAAUUGUUUUUGAGAUAACCACGAUGAUCAGACCGAUAAAAUUUGUUUAGAUCAAUGUUGGAGGAAGUUGAUCUUUUUGCCGGUCUUCCAUAUGAUUAUUUUUUUGAAAACCAUUCAAAGAUAGAAGCUGUAGCUUGAUUGACAUGAUCAUAUGACAGCCAGCUGCGUCAAAGUUCAAGCAUGUGCAACUCAAGUGAUCUGAUAAUUUCCCUUUUCUUCCCAUUUUUCGUGUCAUUUAGGGCUAUUUUGUGAGGUCUUGGACAAUGAUAGAAAACUUAUAGUUUUCACUGAGAUUAGUACAUAAUAUUUCUUUUUUUUUUUCUCAAGUAUAAAGAUUUUUGAUAACAGUGAGAGGAAACCGAAGGUUUCAGGGAAACUCCAUCUUUGGUAACAUGACUGUGUCUAUUUGCAAACAAAUAAAACGAAAUUUCAAUUUUACAUCGAUAGCGAUUUGGACUUCGCCUUUAAGGGAUCGGCACGGGCCUUUCCCGCUUUUAAAGGAAGGUAAACUCCGGUAAUCAACUUUAUUUGCAUUGUAAAAAGAGCGGAACAUGUUUUACCCAUGUUUUCGAUUUUACUAUGACAUACACGAUUCAAAGCUUUAUCAAAAGAGAAAUAUCUGACACCUUCAAGGAUGACUACGAACUGUUUUUCUGAAAGGAACAUUAAAAAGACAAUAUGUGAUCAGUUCGAGAGCUGCCACGAAGGGGAUAUUCAAAAGGGUUGUAUUUACUUCCGGUUUCUAAUCCGGCCCGUCGACUUUCCUACAUUUCCACUUUUUUGUCAUUUUUCUUCGAAAUUUUACUUCAUUUCAGGACAGUUGAACUGCUUAGAACUAAAAUCUACGGAAACCGAGCCCAUUAUUAUGGUUUUCUCGCUCCAUUUCAAGGGGAAAAAGCAUUUUCUUUCUACGUAAUUGAAAAGGGAAAGAAAACAGGAAGUACAGAAUGACGUAGGUGACAACUAUAGUAACGAAGGGAUGUUUGUGAGAAGAAUUUGUGUUUCGAUAUAAUUCAUUCUAACAUCGGUUUUUAAGCCCAAGCUAAAUGAAUACAGCGAAGCCGUGGAAUUUAAUGAAGCGUAAUGAAUCUUAGCUUUCUCUGUUGUUUGUCAUUUGGACAUUUUCCUUUUUUGCGACGCGAAAAAUUAUCUCUUUUCGCCAUAUUGGUCUCCCGCAGAAUAUUUUGACUGAAGCGUGUGGUCGAAUUUUUUUAAAUACUUCGUCUGCAAUCUGCCAAAAUUUCUCACAGUUACAAUGGUGUUUGUUUCUGACUCUAGCUAAGUUACCGAAGCGUCCUUUUUCUAUUGGCGGCGGAGGCAAAAUAGAAAAUUACAAAGAAGAUCAGACUCGUAAGAAAUUGAAACGUUGUUAUUGAGUACUAAAUUCUCGCCACCUUCAAUGACAUCACUGUGACAUCACGACGCCCUCCCAAAAUGCAAAUUCCCGAAGCAUUUUCCUCACUCGAAGUUGAGCCACAAAUAGCACGGCCAUACACAUUGUCAGGGCAGCUGUUGUGAAAAGGCAUAUUUACUGGUGGGUAAAAAUAGAUCUUUGAAUUUUUAUUUCCGUCUAACACCGAAGUAUAAACAGCAUAGAUGCUACCAGUGCGAUUUCGAACAGUUGUACUCGGCAAGCUUGGAUUUAUUUGCACGUUUUUAUGAGUCCUUUUCUUGUUUUGACUGCCUUGUAAGGGUGGAAAUUUUGUGCGUUUCGCUUGCAUUUUUCCGCAAUCAUUCACAACCUAGUCUACCUCUAGCAAAACUUGUUAUUUCUAUACUGCUUCCGAUCGUCCGCUUUUUCAGCCUUGGAAUGAUUUAGGUAAAAUAAUGGUUCCAUCUUGUGCUUGCCAACGAGCAUGAUCCAUAUAGAACUGUCGUAAGCUUGCGCCAUGACGAACAACUCUGGGAUCGAAUUUUUGCCAUGAUAAUGCUGUCGUGAAUUUUCAUGUUACUCCAGUGGGCGAUCCACCGUUAAUGUUCGUUGUUUAUCUUGUUGUGAGCUUACGAUACUAUCCAGUGAAAAUGACAAAGUUGUCGUUAUCUUCUGUAGAUAAAAACUGGAAUCGAAGCACAGGGCAAGCUUGUGUUUACCAUCUUUUUCUUGCGUUCGUACAGCUGUCGAAGGUGGUCGUCCUCAGAAAAUCGCCGCCGUGGUGUUUCAUAGACUAAGAAUUGAUCGAACCAUUUAUAUAAUUGGGAAACAAGUCUCGUUUGAAAAUUUCAGAAUUUUGAACGAAGGAGCUUUUGAAAUAAAGAGGAAAAUGGCCUCAGCGCGGAUGCAGAUUUCACUUCGUUUUGGCGACACUUUUAGCUUGGGUCACAAAAUUUUUCGACGAACGUCGGUGAUUUCGCGCGUUGAACACAUCCAUUUGAAACUAUUCGCCGAUCGGCGUAAGCCUAAGUUCAUUGACACCUAGCAUUUCGCUAAGUUCUUGUUAGUGCAUACUUUCGUUCGACACGAAGUAAAAUGUUGGACGGAGACGUCAUUUGGACCCUCGGAACAAGUAGCUUCAGCGAAUGACAAAAACAUUCAUUUACAAGAUGGCAGAAUAGGCGAAAACAAAACUUCCAACCUUAGAUGUUAGCUUUCUUGUUGAUAAAACGGUACAACUUUGAAGACCAAAGGACGGUGUUUUUGUGUUCGUAGAUCAAAAGUUCGUGAGGAAUGCCUCCUCAGUGAGAUCAUUCGUUCUAAGCUACCCCGGCGAAAAUCACUGAUCGCAAACCUCAUGACAUCAUUUCACGCAAUGAACGAUCGCUUCGAAUUCCAACCAAGAAGUUCUGUUCGCCUCUAAGGUCAUCUGGAAGAGAAAUUUUGCUCGGGUAAAGAAAGGUGGAUCGAAUUGAGCAGCCCGCCAUCAUUCCCGAGACAGAAUUUGUAAGACCAUUGUAACAUAUCGUACUACACCAAUAGCAUAGCACAACUUCCCAAGAUCUUGACGAGACAGCUAGCUGGUACAUGUAAAUGAUUUAAUGAACUCACUUUGUUGUUUUGAAUCUGUUCAUUUUACAGAUCCAUCGCAUCAGACACAGCGAUCAGACACAGUCGAAUUUAAAACUGGCUGAAGGCCCCCUAACGAAACUCAAGUUGAGCGCGGCCAUCCACAAGAAUCACAGUAUGGGAAGAAAGAAGAUACAAAUUUCAAGAAUCGGCGACGAGAGAAAUCGCCAGGUAUGAAACAAGCAAACUCCGCACCAAUUUGUGCAAACCGCGCGCUUUAUUAUUGUUCGACACAAAUAGCAGUGGAUUUGUGGCUUUUUUUGUCCGCGCGGGCGUCUUGCGAUGCUAAAUAUAUUGCACACUGAAGGUCGAAAAUAGAAAAAUCGGUUUGGGGUUAGAAUUUCAUUAUAGCGCGGUAUUUUUAGCUCGCGUAGGUCAAUUUUGUUAUAUCUUAGGGCUUCGUAGUUCUUUUGUAUCAUUUAAUAUUAAAAGGAAUGAGAAGUGAAGUUUUCUCUGCAAUUGUGCAACUAGUGAUAAAAUGCACUGUACCGUAUCACAGCACUGGGGUGUAAUUGGGAUCUACAAACACAUUCAUGGCAAAAUUCCCGGUACCUGCAGACCCAUCAACAUUUCUCCUAUAAAAUGAACAAGAACGUCUUUUUUUUUUACAGCUCACACUCUGCCUAAAGAGUAAUGAGUUGCUCCGCGAGUUUCUCCUACGUUUUUGAAGUUGAGCUGGCGGUAUCGAAGGUUCCAUCGUCGCGUGUUGCGAGAUAUUUUUGGUACAUUGUUUGCCUUUGAUUUUCAGGUUCAUUUUAAAUAUCCCAUUAACAUUUCACGGCAUUGUUGGCUUCAUGAGGUGUUUGUUGACAAAAGUCAUCUACAUUGAGCUGGACAUGCUAGUUCUUGACGAGUAAUCUUUGUUCACUGUACAAGUCUUGCUUGAAACGUUCUUUGUUGUCUGUGUUUAGCGGCUGAUGGAAGCACGCAGGAGAUACAUGUAUGUUUCGAAACCGACUGUAAUGUACAUCUCGUGGAAAUUUAAUUUGCGAUAAAAUAGAACUUCUCUUUGUUUUUCUUACCACAAAUGAAUAUUUGUAGUUAGUUUUUUCAACCGCGAUCUCUUUUGUGAUUUGCGAUUUUAGCUUAUGGUUAUUUUGUUUCUUGUAAUAACUUGCAUGAGUGAUUUAUUCAAAAAUAAGCUUUACAAAUCAACAUUACAAUUCUUUGUGCAUGUCUGUUUUGCUUAAAUUUCUUCGCCUUUUUUUGAUGGAACACAACAGAAGAUAAAACACCAGUUUUGAUGUCUGAAAUUUUCGCUUAACGUAAAUCGAUAUCUUUGAUGUGAUACCGUUCCCCAGUGUGUUCUAGAAGCAUUCCAGAAAUAAAUUUAAUCUUACAUUGCAUGAUCACAUUCUUUCUGAGGUUUAUGUGUCGCUGUUGAAAGAAAUUAAACUGUGUAAUUCUUCCUCUUAAUUUUUGUUUGCACUAUUUGGAAGCUAUUUUUUGUAAUGUUGCAAAAUUCCUGUAAUUUUGUGAUCCUUGUGGUUAAAACAUGUCUUCAAAAGUAAUUCCCUUAUCAUUUGAUAUACUGAAAAACAUUUCAACAAGAAAAUGAGCAUACGAGUCUAAUUUUAAAAAGGUCAUUUUGCCCUUUUUUUUCUAUGGUGUAGGGUAGAAGGUUUUGCUAGGUUUUUGGUUUUAAAAUUAGCAGAUGAUUGCUUGUACAUGAGGCCUCACGAUCCAUCUGAAGCAAUGUCUUACUGAUGGCUUGUGCGCAUACCACCUGUACGGCUGUAGGCCAAGUCUGUAGACAGCUCACACUCACACUUUAUCCGAGACAGAUUCAAAUCUGGGGUCGGCAUGUUUUGGUAAAAAAGUUUUAUGUGUUUAGAAUUUGCCUUUGCUCUAAAACAAAUUAAAAGUGGCUGAAAAGUCAGAGUAAUAAAGCUUCUAGCCGUUAGCUACAUGUAAAUAUGGUAGGAAUUUUGUCAUGGAGGUUUUUGUCAGGAUUUGCUGAGUGAGAAGUCAGAUGGGUUUCCAUGUUUGAAAUUUUUCAGCUCCACAUUUGCUUUCUUGUGGUAGAAUUACCAAUUGUUUAUUUAAAGACAAAAAAUGUUGUUUUUGUGGUUAAGAAUAAUAAUGUUUUAUUUUGUUCAAACAUAUGGAGAGAAAACCAUGUGAUGGACAGAACCUUGGUUUCACUUAAUGCCCCGGAGCUUGGCUGUGCUGUGGGCAAUUAUGUAACAUGGUCACGAGUAGAGUCCCCCAUUACAGCCCAAAAAGAUUACUCAUUCCCACAAUCCUGACACUUUUUUGGACAUUAUUUUCAGAAGUUUCGUACAGGAAGUUUUGAUUUCCUCAAUCAUCUUUACCUAGAGCAGGUAGAAGAAAAUGGGUGGAGAAAAAUGUGCAUGAAAUGAUCAGUGCUGGAAAAAUUAAAUGCUUUUUCCUUAUUUCUAAAAUAAAAUUCAGUCCACUUUGAAACAGCUUCCUAAACCCAUCUAUCAUAUAUGUUAAACUGCCGAAUUCGAUAUCCUGUCUUUUAGUCCUAAAUGUUGCACCCUUUUUACUCUAAAAUCUUGAAUCUCUACCUUAACAUGUCUUUACACGGGUCAAAUCUUGGAUCCUGAAAAAUAUAUUAUGUACCCUCAAGUGACUGUUCCAUGAAAGGAUCAUAAUUAUCUGAUAGCUUAGCUUAAAUAUGGAGUCAUUAUUUUGGUAAAAUUUAUCUAUGAUGACAGUACUGAUGUGUAAUCAAGUAUCACAGACCUUCCAACUCUCACGGUUUGACCAUCAGACUCAUGGUUUGGGCAGUCAACUCAUGAUCCCUCGAUUUAAAAUUGCCAGACAAUUCUGGUACGAACUGCGUAGUUUAAAAAAAAACCAUCUUCAUAAUAGGCGAAAAUUGUAUCAAUCUUAUUUGGGGGGAAACCUGAGUCUAGUUCCAACCUCAUUCCUGUAAAACAUAGGUUUGCUAAGGUCUGUGGGAAAGCCCUUAUAGCAUACUCGCUUGGUUACUCACCGUCCUGUCGACCUGGAUAGUAAAACAGAAUCCUCCCAUUACUGCCAAAAGAGCGACAAGACAGUACAACAGAGACCACUAAUAGGGUAAAGAAUACCGUGACAAAAAUAAUCAGCCUUUUUUAUUUUAUUUGAUGCAUAUUUUGGAAAUCCCCAGGUUUGAGGUCCCAAUCUCCAGGUUUUUGGCAGCUUUUUUCAAACACUCCAAACUUGUAUGAUUUAGGGGUUGGAAGGUCUGAGUAUCAUAUAUAUAGUAUCAUAUACUGAGGAAACAUUGUACUGCCAUGUCAUCCACAGUCAUGUAAUUUAAGUUAUUUCACUUGAUGCAGGUCACAUUUACCAAACGUAAAUUUGGAUUAAUGAAGAAGGCAUAUGAGCUGAGUAUUUUGUGCGACUGUGAGAUUGCACUGAUUAUUUUCAAUUCUGGCAACAAGUUGUUCCAGUAUGCUAGUACUGACAUGGACAAGAUUCUUCUGAAAUACACAGAGUACAAUGAACCACAUGAGAGCAGGACCAACUCAGACAUUGUGGAGGUAUGCAUCAAUCAACCAGGUUGCUUUAAAGUUCUCUCAUGGUUGAUCUGGGCUGUCAUAUAAGAGGCAGAGGUGGGGGGGGGGGGGGGGGGGGGGUUUCAUGUAGUAGUGUGGGGGGUGGUGUGGGGUGGUUAUAGGGGAGGGGAGGUGGGGGGUGGGAGGGAGAGAGGGAUUUCUCCCAGCUGCUAUCAGCAUGGCCCCUGGCUACUUUCAUACAAUGUAGGAAAAUAGAAGAAAAAUAGAAGCUAGAGAAACCCCUAGCUGUUUGAUUCCCCGCCUUGUCUGUUGUAUUUAUUCGGCAACUUGAAAUCUUGGUGACAGCCCUGGUUGACUCACUUGUACACUUGGCAAAGUGAAGGAAUAAUUUAGAAGUUUACCAGUGGUAGACAAAACACUGAUUCCCAGUUCAUGAAUUACCCCCAUGGACUACCCAUAUGGACUAUCCUAAAAUGGAAUACACCACUGAAGUUUAGUGAUAUGUAGUCUUGGUCUAGUACAUGCUAGCUACAUGUAUGGCUUGCCCAAAUGGCAAGCUGUAAAACUAAAUUUCUUUGCACCCUGUGUAUACCCGUACUGUAUAUUAUUGUUUUUUCCUCUACAAAAUUCUUAUUUUGGGGGGACAGUAUAACGUUGAUUUACAUGAAAGGUUCUGCUCUAAGGAAAAUGGAAGGGAGUCAGGUGCUCUGAACCUGUGAAAUCCAGGGUGCCCAGCGUAAGAUUUCUAUGAAAAAACUAUGUGUCACCUAACAACACUGCCAGAAUACAUGUACAAGUAACGAUUUUCUUAUUUUUUUUUUUUUUUUACCAACAGACCAUUUCAAAGAAAGAAAACAAAGCAUUGCCAUCUCCUGAUGACACAGAUAAGGUGUGUGCUAUCACUGUAUAUACACCGUAUUUUUACUGUUAACCAGAAAUAUGUACAGGUGUGCAUGUGUAUAAAUGCUGGUAAAGGUACUCUUGAAUGGGAAAUAUUGUCUACUCUCAAGCUUCUAUUGGGAUCAUCACAUUUUUUUGUCAAGUCUACACUUUUAUAAGUAUAAAACAUCAUUUUACAAAAAAGAAAGAUUGGCUCUCAGUCAGUUUGGCAAGCAGGAAGCUUUGUUUCCUGUGCUGGUCUGUUUCGUUUUGCAUGAAUGACAAGUUCUUAGAAGUGAGGCAAGAGAAAAUUUAUCAGAACAGGAGAUCUUGCAUAAGACUUAUGCCAACAAAAUGCAUUUUUGGUUAAAAAACACUGGGCAAGACUGAAGGGCUUCCAAAUAUUUUUGCAAUCAAAAUUUAAUACAGUAACAAUGACUGUUCAACCAUUAUAUGAUUAGUGGAGGGCUUGUUCUUGAUAAAAAAAAAGAAAAAAACUACCACUUAAUUUCUGGAUGAAAAAAUGUCAUGUUUUGGCUUAAAAUGGUUUUUUUUCUCGCACCCUCAAUAGCCCUCUUGCUCCGUUACAUCAGGCUAGCUAGGCCAGUGAGCGUUGUUUGUAAACUAAUUUAUUGUGGUUGGACAGUUCGUUUUUGUAAGACUUCAAAAAAUUUACAACCAGCAACAUUAAAGGCUGGUGGAGAGAUUUAUCUGUUUGAAGAGAACAUGCAAAGGGACUACUGUAUUAAUUUUUUCAAAAGAUGAACAACAGACUCUUUGAAAAAUAACAUAAAUGAUUGUUCAUCAGCUUGUUUUAUUUCGUAAAGUGUAUUUUUGUAAUAUUGACAAACACAAGCAGAUUUCUUGGUUCAGCUGCUUGUCACAUGUUUAUUACAUAAUUUUGUAAAGUGACGUAGUUUUAAUAUCCAAACACGUUUUAAAAAGACCCUUUUUACAAUGCUCUGUGUGCUUGAACAUUGUACCUGAUAGGAAAACAAAUUAUCUUGUGUUUAUUUCUUUUAGAGUGCUAAAAUACAGUUAUGCAUUUUAUUUAAUUUUGUUCUUAAUGAUUGAAAAUAUUUUCAUUUCAAAUUUAAACAUAGCAAAAUAUUAAUUGAUUUUUAUUUGCCAUUUGUGUUUGAAUUUAUUGGUGAGAAAUAAUCCUUUUGACAAAAGUAAUGUACAUGUACAUGUAGGCCUAAAGAUCGAUUUCCGUAGAUUUUUUAAAAAUUCAUUAAAAUAUCUCUAGGAAAAAAUGAGAAUCCAAGAAAAUGAAAUGCUUACUAUGUUUUGACUUAGAGAUGGAAGUAAUGUCUCAUUAAGUGUGAAUUAUUUGAAUACAAUCUUCCUGUUUGAAGAUCAACGAAUAUUCAAAUGACGUCCAUUAUCAGUAAAGUUGCAUAAUAUUUCCUUUUUCUGCCCACACAAGGCACGUGGACGUAAAGAGAAUGAAACAUAUAGUGCAUGUAAAUUUAUAAUUCAUAGAUAACCUGGCAAAGACCAGAAAGUAGAGUAAAUUCUUCAAAUUAACCAGCUAUAGUUUAGCUCUUUCAAUGUUUGUUUAUACUGCAGUGGCUCUUAUGGGUUGACUCAUUAGCUUGAGAAAACAGGUGACAUUUCCUGGUGACACUACUGGUUUCCCCACACAAUGACGUCUGAGGAACAACUGGAAAAAUUUCAUACCAAAGACAACAUGUCACUGUGCUACCCAGAUCUGGGAAGUGCUUCUGAUUGGUUGAAGCAAAUUUCCAUUGUGGCACAACUAAUUAGAUCUAAUUAGAUCUGGUCAGUGAAGUCUCAUCAAUGUGGAAUUUCUGUGCUUGUUCGUCAGAUGUUAUCUUGUUGGGGGUGGGGGGGGGGGGGGAGGGGAAUUUUGGGCCGUUUUCUCCUGCUGUUUUUUUUUCGCCUUUUUUUUUGCGCUAACUUUUUUUGUGGAAAAAUCCCCUUUAUGGGUUGACUCAUAUCCUAAUGAAAAAAAUAAAUUGAAAACAUUUAACAUAAGAAAUGAUUUUCUUAAACAAAACAAAGAGAUUGACGUUAAUGCCUUCCACCACAAUGGAGUGUUCAAACGCACAAGAAAUAAUUUCAAUGAAAAAAUCAGAUUUCACCUGUCACCCCGGUGUGGGGGUGUGGUGUGUGUGUGUUUAGAAAAAUUUUGUGUUGUGAAAAAAUUAUUAAAGUGUUGGUGGUGUGUGUUGAGGUGUUGGUGUGGGUGGGGUUUUUUGUGGGUUUUUGUGGAUUUUUGUUGUUGGGGGGGGGGGGGGGGGGGGGGGUAGUGAAAUGUCGGCUGUUUUCUCCUGCUGUUUUUGUUUCGCCUGUUUUCUUGCGCUAACUUUGUUUGUAGGAAAAUGCCCUCUAUGGGUUGACUCAUAUGCUAAUGAAUAAAAUUAAUUGUAAACAGUUAACAUCAGCAAUGAUUUGCCUGAACCAAAGACAGAGAUUGACGUUUAAGAAUUGCCAUCACCUUAGGACUAAGAGUAUAUUUCUGGUGUGUUGAACACAGGUUUUUUUUUUUAUUUCUGCAGCAAUUUGUGCUUACUCCAAGGACAGAAGAAAAGUACAACAAAAUUAACCAAGAGUUUGACCAGAUGAUGAAAAAGAAUCUACUUCAUCCAGUGAGUAGUUAUCAUUGCUUUCUGCAUUGUCUCUUUUACCUUAGCCUCGUUAUCAGCUGCUGUUUUCUCCACACUGUUCCUUGUACAUCUCCCACCUUCCAGGAGAGGAGAAGUUGUGUAACAUAAAAUCAAGAUCAUUUUUUCAAUGCAAAGAAGAUCAUCACAGCUUAAGACCCAACUUAUGCCUGGGAUGUGAACUGUAACCCUUGCAGUACUAGUACAGUGCUCAAACCAGUUGAGCUAGCCAGCAAGCCAAUUGGAAGGUGGCCAUUGAAUUUGUUUGAAAUAUACCCAGAAAAGGUGAAGAUGAAAUGAUAAAUAUAUGAGACCUUUUUGUCAGUCAUUUCCCCCAUCCCUGUAACCAUGUCAUAACCUUUAGGGUAGUCUGCAUAACAAUAGUUAGAAACUGCAAGAAAAAAGUUAAUUGACAAAAUUUUGAUAUUCUGUAGCAGCAGUCUUCCUCUGGCUCGGACAAUUAUCACGCCCUCCCUGUCACAGUCCCCGUGUCGUCAAACAGUGUAGGAGAAGAUGGCUAUGGCAGCCGGCCGCAAAGUAGGGACAGUACAGUGAUGAGCAAUACCAUGCCAGUCAGCGCAAGUGGAAGGAUCACAGGUGAUCACAUGAAUGGAAACUAUUCUCGCGGAAGCACCCCUGGAAUUUCAGGUACAAUAGUUAUUAGGUACUAUUCUGUGUAGAUACAUGUAUAUCAAGUUAAAAGACAAUGACAAUCAAUCACGAUCAUGACAAUGACUAUGGUGAAGGGCUAGUGUCACUUAAAAGUUGUGUUCAAAUUCUUUCAAUCUUUAUUGUGGAGGUUCCAAUUGGCUAAAUUUGACUAAUCGGUAAAUUCUCCUGGAAAUGAAGUCUUAAGGGCUGUAUAGCUUAUCUGAGGUUGAAAUUAGAGUGUGAAGCAAGGCUUGUUAUGUUUAUGCCCUCGAAGUGUAAAACAUGGCAUCAGGAGUUUGAAGUCAUGCAGAGGGUGUAUUAAUGAGUGUGAUGCACAUGAAUACACUGUGAGUUGAUGUCCCCAUAAUAUAUCAGUGAGCUACAUGUAUGAGGAUUCUGAGGUGUGUAAUCUGUGCAAUCUGUGAAGGAAAAUGGCAUUCUACAUGUAGAAAUGAAGAAAUAUCACCAUUGUUUAGAAAGUUAAAAAAAAAAUGGUUGGAGCCACCACUGUAUGUAACCAUUCUGAGACUAGUACAUCUACAUGUAUUUUAGUUUGAGGAUUUUGUUUUCACCUCAAAGCUAAGCUAAGGAACAUUGCUUGUCAGCUAGGCAAGUUCGGUGUGUUAAUUGAAUUUAAAAAGUAUGUUCCAUAAUAAAAACUUAAGUCGAUAAAGAUUAUAUGUACUGAUAGGUUGAAAGAUCAUUUUACCAAAUUUUCUCCUCAUCAGUUUGUUAAGAGCCAAACCCAACCAAACCUCUUUCAAAACACAUACAUUAUUCACAAUCAUACCGUUUAGUCUGUUGUCCUGUUGUGGUUUUCAGAAAGCCAAACCUAGCUGCAGUAAAAUAAUCACUGAAAUUGAAAAUAGCUGUAGUCUAUCAUGGAAAAGAAAACUAGGACAGAGUUUCUUGUUUUGUUUUUCAAAAUUUCCUGUCAGGGCUUUGCCUGGCGAGUUGUUAGAGCUUGCCUGAAUGAACCACUAUUAAUACAAAUGCUUUUUGCAUUUCAGACUUGUUGUUCCCCACUUCUCCCCAAAGCUGAUACCAUAUAAAGGAUUGCGUUACUUUGAUUGGUUUUCAUUUUAAUGAUGUUGCAAGCUUUUAACAAUUGCCUAAAUAAAAAUAAAUAAAUUGUAUAAUACCUGUCGGUACCUUGGUACUUUGAACAGAGACAGAAUAAUGACAAGUUAAGUUAAUUUGACCUUAAAAAGUGCAAGAGCUACUAAGUUUUGUUCAAUUACAAAUGUAACAGUUUUUGUUUUCACUUCUAAUGACAGUGCUCAGUGUUACAAGUAACUGGUAAACACUCAAGGUUGUCUUUAUCUUUGUUGAAUUUUCACUCAUAAACAACUAAACCUGCAAAGUUCUAAAUCAGAUGAGACUUUGUUUUAGUUUAACUGAUGAUUUAUUUUUAGUUUAGUCAAAAAAGUUUUCUUUGUUACCAAAGAAGUUUAAGACUUCACCACAGUAAGCAUUUAUAAAAGAAAUAAAAGAAAUAAAAUAAAAUAAAGUUUACCAUUUGCGUGCUGCUACAAUCAUGCAGAGGUUCACCUAAUAAUGCUAAAUGGUUAUAAAAUUGAUGUUAUAAGUUGAAUGCUGCUUUAAAGAGUGAAUCUUAAAUUUCAAUUUUGACUACUUUGCUUCAAGUAGGAACAUUUUGAUUUAAACAGUUUAAGCCAUGUUAUUCAUUCUAUUAAUUUUGUUUCUAAGUAACGUAAUAUUGAAACAGCAUUAAUUUAGUGUUUCCCAUGAAAAACUGUCUCUAUGUUUAUUGUGCAAUAUUAUUUUGUGUUGUACAUUUAAAACUGUAUUUUAGCUUAAACUUUCAGGGAGCUUAAAUGAUGAUUCUGUACACAGUGUCAGGCAUUUUUCUUUUUCAAAUAAACAUAUAACUCAGUUUAAUGUAAUGUAUAUGUAGCUUGAUGUUGAAAUAAACGGUAGUUGUUGUUGUAACUACAGAUUGUGUGUCAGUUAUUGCUGUUUCAGUGUAAGCUUGAACUGAAAUACAUGUAAAUCCAAAAUAAUCAUGUUUUUGAAGAUGAUUUAUAUCCUUCAUGCUCAGUUAAUUAAACUCCUUCAGUUGACAUACAUCUGUAUCAAUGUUUUAUUUCACUGGACCCUGAUAAAAAGACUUUUGAUAUCUUUGUAAAUAUGUUGCAUAUUACAGCAAGUGGUAUUUUUUGAAGAAAUUUUGGUGCCUUUUUACUGUUUCUGUUAAAAAAUAAGGUUAUUUACAUGGUGGCUCCAACUUUUUAAAUUUUAGAUAAACAAUGCUACAUUACCUCAAAAUACCAGCAACAAAUAAAGCUUUGCAAAAAUUAAAAAUAUAUCAUGCCAAGAAUUGUUGAUAAUAUUUCCUUACUGCAACACCUGUUAAACCACAAGACAAAUCUGAGAGACAGAAACCAUGCCAUACAAGCCCAGCCAUUUAAUUAAUGUGUGAUACAGUAACGACACCAUGGUAACAUUAAAAUUGAUUUUGUGUUAUCCAGGAAAUACACAAAACAUGUCUGACCUCGUUGCGGCAGCAGGGCUAGGUAGAAGGAGUGUCACCCCUGGAUCUGUUCAAGGAAACGAUGGUUCAUUUGCCUCGCCUUCUCCAGGGAUAACAAACACUGGACGGAAUUCUGUGUCACCACACCCGCCAGCUGUCACCCCUCCACCUAACAGACCACCAUUAAAGAUUAGCAUUCCAAGCCGAGGCCCCAAUGCUGGACAGAUGGUAAGCGACAUUGAUUUAUUUAGGAAUGCAAUUUAAUGUAAUGCUUAACAUUAUUAACGUUGUUUCAUGACGUGUAAUCAAAUUUGACCUGUAACAUCUACCUUUUUAUAGGAAAUUAAUGUUCCAUGUAAUUAAGGUAUUAGAAAUUAAUGCAACUUAACUUAACACAAAUUCAAUGGAAGAUGACUUUCAAAGAAACGGAAUUAAUGCAAAAGAGGGGGAAGCAUUUCACAUUGAAGGAUAUGCAACGUUCAGAAAGAAACAAAACUUGUUGAGACAACUGGAGCAAAGUUAAACAUAUAAUACGAAAUGGAAACUUUGUUUGUGCUACUUUCCCUAAACAUACCAAGGAGGGCAAGCUAAGAAAUCUGGCCUCUGACAGGAUUCUUCACAGUUUCAAUGAUCUGGCUGAUGCCCACCCUGAUAAAAUGCUGCUUCUUUCUUAACAAAAUGUCGAUAGUGUAUUGAGAAUUUGCAGGAGCCAAAAUAAUGGAAACUAAGGUCGCAGAAAUUACUGCUCCACGUAAUAAAUGGUGCUGCAGUUAAUGCAUGUUUACAAACAUUAAUGCAAAUUUUUUAAAUUCACAUUAAUUUCACAAAGCAUAAAUUUUCUGAAUUAAGGUAGCAAUAAACAGUCCAUUUAUUCUAACAUAAAUCAUUGUUUACCAUUGCUUUUUAGCAACCUAAUCGCCAUGGGUUGACAGUUGCAUCAUCUCAAGAAAAUCAACCUUUGUCUACCCCGGUGAUUUCAUUAAACUCCUUACCACUACAGACCCCUGGUGAUAACAACUCGCUCUCGACACCGAUCUUUUCGAUGGCAACACCCAAUCUUGCUGGAGCAGCACCUCCCACAUUCUCCUCUGCCUUGCCGUCGGGCUUUCCACCUGACUUCCAUCUUGAAAGCACUGAGUCCCUGGCACAGAAAUUGGCACAGUAUCCAGCGGCCACGGCAUUACCUCUCAUGCAACAGCAAGCUCUACUCCAGCAACAGCUAAAUAUGCAUGGAUUACUGCAAGGGUAAGAAGUCCCUAUAGUAUUAGUGAACUUACGCAACAAGACAGGUGAGGAAACAAGAUGGCAAACCUUAUGUGACAAGCGUGAAAAUUAAUUUUGUUUAAAAAACUUUAAACCAAACUUCAACUUCCUUUAAACGGAUAUUUUCGUAAAAGGCCAGAAACGUUAAUGUUAAGUGAAGAUCAAAACAAAACAUGCAUCUUGUAGCCCUGUCACGUUUGACCCACACAAAAUUAAUGUUAUGUUGUCGUCUUCUUGCCAUCCUGUUGCGUAAACUUGCUAUCAUUGAUAUACAUCUCUUUUUGCAGAGGUACUUCUGGAGUUGAAAAAAGUGGUGAAAAGCCUGGGAAUCUUUUUAUUUCUUUGUUUCCCACCAACUCUUUGAUUGCUUUGGUAUCUCAAAUUAAAAGGAACAACUUUUUAUUAGACAGGGUUGUUUUGAGUUUAAGUUUGAUUUGUUUUGUUUUUUGGAGAGAACAAAACAGUAUGAAAUGUGUGUCAGUUAUUGCUGUUUCAAGUGUUAGCUUGAACUGAAAUAAAUCCAAAAUAAUUAUGUUUGAACCCAAAAACGACCUGAAAAUUUUGCCUUCUAUGCAUACCCUGACUCCAGAAGCUACCGGUAAUAUUUAGCACUAAACAGAAGGCAGCACUGUGUUCAAUACACUCAUAAAAAUGGCAUUUUGGGCAGUUUUGGUCCUUUUUACCCUGACAGUCACCAGAAAACAGCUCAACCAGCUUCUAAAAAUGUUUUUUGGCAAAAAUCCAGGUACAAAUGGGUUAAAUGUUUCAUUUCAUCACUGAUUUCUUUUUUCUCGCUUAGGAAUGUUGCCAAUUUACUUGGGAAUCGCCUUUCCGUUCCCAAUGCUGCUUUGGGUGGACAAGGAAUGUCAUCACUGAACAUUAAAGCUGAACCUACUGACCGGGACACUUCGUCGCCAAAUUCACACUCUUCAAUUUCCCCCACAUCCCCGUACCAAGUUCAACGGCGGCUUACACCCAGCAGAGAUGACGUCGAUAAAGAUGGAGCUGUGAAGCGCCCCCGGUUGGAUGGCAGCGUUGCGGCCGCCUAUGGUUUGCGCUGAAUGAGAGCUCCUUGUCUAAUAUUUUUUUAGUAGUAGUCUAUUUUAGGUUUAUGUCUUGUCUUUAAGAACUAACCAUGAAAUAAGUGAUGCUGGCAUCAUAUGCUGUGCUUCAAGGCUGUUAGAAACUUGCAUUAAUAUCAUUGUUUUUUUUAUAAAUACUAUCAUAAUUCAAAGCUAGAAUUAAAACAGAUUCAAAUUGCCAAAACAAUUGCAAUUUAAAGAAAAUAGCAGUUGCAUAUGUGUAUGCUGCCUUAUUUUAUAGUGCAGACAUAGGAUUAACUAUGCCAAAAACAACUCUAGUAGUUUUUAAAUUGCGUAGAAUGCAUUUACAGCAAGAAUUUUUGCAUCAUAAAAAAGAUGUAAAUUGAACUUCUCCUUUGUUUUAAGAUGUAAAGUCGUUAUUUUAUAAUGUGAAGGUCUGUAGUGGUCUGAUAUUUAUUGCCAGUGAAUAGACUUGCUGCUGUUGUUUUGUUGUUGGUAAAGAUGUUUUAACUUAAAUCAAGAGUUUGAACUUUUUCAUUCUUUUCCAGAAUACUUACACAAUUUUACGAGCAACUUUCUCAAACAGCCUUGGAAUACAUUAUUGUAUUGGUCUGUUAUUUGUAUUUUCAUCAGUCCUUGUAAAUAGCAAUAUUGAAAAUUACAUAUAUUCAUCAAAUAUAAAUUACUCCAGAAAAGUAGACAUUUAAUAACAAGAACAGUUAUGUAAUAUUAGUCCCAACUAAAAGAAACCAUCAUUUGGCAAAUGAAAAUAAUAGUAAAGUUGUUUAAUUUUGGGAAUAGCCUUUUUUAAAAAAACUAGAACUAGACUGAAUGGCUUGUGGUAUACCAGUGUAAUAAUUAUGCAUUAUUAGUUUGCUAUGGGUUUGUUGUGCGCCGAUUAUAUGGAGAAACCUUGUCCUGGGUAGAACCCGAGCGAUCCUACAAAAAAGGCAAACCUUUAACUUGAGAAACUAAAGUUUGCUCUGCUAAAAGGGUGACCCGCCUAGCCAGGUCAUACUUUUAUAAUGGUAGGGUCUCUGGGCCAACUUUUUGCCAUAUAAACACUUUGGCUCGCCCAGCUGAAUCAACUCGGUCAACGCGAGACAAUCACAGUAUGCACAAGUGCUGCUUUAGACGAUGGGAGCAUGUGCGAGCCCCGUUGGCUCGUGCAAAGGGGUAAAUUUGUUCUCAUUUUAAAAACUCGCUAAAUCUGACGUGGCUGGGAGGGUCAUCCUUAUUCCCAGGAAAAGUCUUCUCUAUAUAAACGGCGCGUUGGUGCAUGUAUAAUUUGGCACGUAACAUUACAUUGCAUUACGCAUUAACCAUAUGAAUUUCUUUGAAGGUAAAGUUCUUGUGUAGUGUAGUAGAACUCUACAAGAGUAUUGUAGAUUGUCAACAUUGGUUGAUUUUUCGUGCAUGGUCUUAAUUUGGGGCCUUCUUUGUAUUUAUGUGAUGGUGUGAAGUAUUCCUUCAUGAGAAAAAUGUGAUUGACGUAAAAUAAGAUUGGCUGUCUGGCAGUUGACUUUUAAGGAAUGUUUGCUAUAAUACAUGUAUUUCGUGUUUAAGACGGGAACAAGAUUUUCAGACUUUUUUUUACUUUUCUUAGCUUUGCUAACAAUUUUCUUCACCUUUUAUUUAUAUGUCUUUUCUUUGAUCUUUGGCAAAAGCGAAUUCAAAUACUAAGCUUUUCUAUUAAUUUUUUAUUGCAGUUUAAAGAAAAAGCAUUUUUUUUAAGGGUAUUUGAUCUUACGUAGAAAUGCAUUACUCAGACCAAUAUCUUUUCAGUCAACUGCAUGAAGUCAACUUAGUCUGCGGACCAAUACAGCAGACGGAAAAUAUUAGUAUCAGUGUGCAAAGAAAGAAGUGUUCGAUAGCCCAAGGCUAGUGGAUUUCUGUUCAAAGUGAAGUUGUUUGGAGAAUGUAAAUUACAGAAGAGCUGUAAUCAAUCCUGCUUAUUAAAAACGUUUUUGAAAUGACUUUUGGGCUAGUACACGGUAGCCAGGCUUGCCAUUGUAAAACUGAAUUUCUUUGCACCCAUGUAGUUACUCAUUACGAGUGUUGUACUGUCGCUUUCUUUUCUUUUUUGCCACACUUCUUUGCGCACAUUUCUAUGGGCAGGACCCUUUGUUUUAUGCGUGUUGGUUUGGAAACUUGUUUUCGCCGAGCCUUUAGCGGUAAACGCAUUUUUUGAUACUACUCUAGAAGUGUCAUCAAUCUGUCGGGCAAGCGUAAUUCCGUAAAUUGGAGUGAAGCGUGUUAUUAAAGCAGUAGUGAGUUAACUAAUAUUGCUUAUAAGCUAGUAUCAACCUACCAACAAGCUUUUUUUGUCACCUUUGUUCAUUUUUUUUUCAAGAUUUGAAGACCUUGUACGUCACAGGUACAUGUCAUUGAUGGUGCUUUUAACAGAGUACAGCGAGCUUAGAAAUGUCAGUUUGGAAACGCAUUUUAUGAAAGUGUGCGAAUUUUGUAAUCGGCGAAACGUAUGUUAUUCUUUUUUGUAAAGAUUAUAAUUUUAGUUGCUCAUACGUUCCUAAAAAUUAAAUUUUAGAACGGUGAAGAAUGUGUUGAUUUUGUUGUCUGGUACGAAAAUAAUCUUGACCGGGGCAUCUCGGGCUCUCUCAAACUUUCCAUUG